GUGGCGUCUGCCCUUUUCGCUCGCUCACUCUCUCUCUUUUUUGUGUAUGUGUGUGUAUGUGUGUGUAUGUGUGUGUUACCCGCCGCCUCCCCUUUUUCUCUCGGUCUUCCUCACCCACCCCCUUUCUCUCCGUUUCCCUCGUCCAUACACCUCCAGUCCUGCUUCUGUUGUCUCGGCGGAUUGUUGGGCUGUGGGAGAGGAAAGGAUAUCGCGAGUAUUGGAGUUUUGGUGAGAGUUUGUGGAAGAUGGCGCCUGUUGUGACAGGGAAGUUCGGGGAGCGCCCUCAGCCACAACGCCUAACAAGAGAAGCGAUGAGGAAUUACCUGAAGGAGCGAGGUGACCAAACUGUCAUGAUCCUACAUGCAAAAGUUGCACAGAAAUCCUAUGGCAAUGAGAAAAGGUUCUUCUGCCCUCCUCCCUGUGUGUAUCUGAUGGGCAGCGGCUGGAAGAAAAAGAAGGACCAGAUGGAACGAGACGGCUGCUCUGACCAGGAGUCGCAGCCUUGUGCCUUCAUCGGCAUCGGCAACAGCGACCAAGAAAUGCAACAGCUCAACUUAGAGGGAAAGAAUUAUUGCACAGCCAAAACCUUGUACAUAUCUGACUCCGACAAGAGAAAGCACUUCAUGUUGUCUGUCAAGAUGUUCUACGGCAACAGCGCAGACAUCGGCGUCUUCCUCAGCAAGAGGAUCAAAGUCAUCUCCAAGCCCUCCAAAAAGAAGCAGUCCCUUAAAAAUGCUGACUUGUGCAUUGCAUCAGGGACCAAGGUGGCACUGUUCAACCGACUGCGCUCCCAAACAGUCAGCACGCGGUAUCUACACGUGGAGGGUGGCAACUUUCACGCCAGCUCCCAACAGUGGGGCGCUUUCUACAUCCACCUGUUGGAUGAUGAGGAGUCAGAAGGAGAAGAGUUCACUGUGAGAGACGGUUAUAUCCAUUACGGCCAGACAGUAAAGCUGGUUUGCUCCGUCACCGGCAUGGCCCUGCCCAGACUGAUCAUCCGGAAGGUGGACAAGCAGACGGCGCUGCUGGACGCCGAUGACCCCGUCUCCCAGCUCCACAAGUGUGCCUUCUACCUGAAGGACACAGAACGCAUGUACCUGUGCCUUUCCCAAGAAAGGAUCAUCCAGUUUCAAGCCACUCCAUGCCCAAAGGAACCAAACAAGGAGAUGAUCAACGAUGGCGCCUCCUGGACAAUCAUCAGCACAGAUAAGGCCGAAUACACUUUCUACGAGGGCAUGGGCCCCGUCCACUCGCCUGUCACCCCGGUGCCUGUGGUGGAGAGCUUACAGCUAAACGGUGGCGGGGAUGUCGCCAUGCUGGAGCUGACAGGACAGAACUUCACUCCAAAUCUGCGGGUCUGGUUCGGAGACGUUGAGGCCGAGACCAUGUACAGGUGUGCAGAGAGCAUGCUGUGCGUGGUGCCUGACAUCUCCGCCUUCCGUGAGGGCUGGCGCUGGGUGCGGCAGCCCGUCCAGGUGCCCGUCACGUUGGUGAGGAACGACGGGAUCAUCUAUUCCACCACACUGACCUUCACCUACACGCCAGAGCCCGGGCCGAGGCCACACUGCAGCGCCGCCGGGGCCAUCCUGCGGGCCGGCAACUCGAGCCUGCUCAGCAACAGCAGCCAGGAGGCCGGCUCGAGCGUCUACGGCUCCAACAGCACUUCCAGCGCAGGGGUCACAUCCUCUUCCUCCACCGCUGCAGCUGUGGUCUCCUAACGCACACAGGGGGGGAGGGCACUCAUACAAAUAUGCCUUGAGAGCAAAUAUACCCUAAGGUAUAUAAAGACUAUAGGAAAUAAACAAAAACUGACUCACUCUAAAGUGCUGCGUUCAUUUUGGAUACAAAGAAGCUGCAAAGGAAAAAUCCGUGGGACAAAGGAGCAGAUGCAGGGGAAAUCUGAAGGAGUGACAUCACAACUUUGUCAGCUGAUGGAAAUAAACAAAGUGCUCCUUGACACGCCUUCCCCUCACCCUCCCCUCUUCGCCUGUGGUUACUUUAGGGACCUGCCUGUCCAGUUCUGGUGUUUUGGAAUGAGUGAGUUCCUGCAGGCUCAGAGCACCAGCACCUUUCUACAGCUGUGAGAAUGGAAACCACAACAACAAUACAUCCGCCACGUCCUGAAAGACGAGUAUGUCUUUGCCCUUCUCCCCCCCCCCCAUUAUCCGCCCUGCCUCCCACUCUUUCUUUAGUAAUUUUUGUUUCUUACAUUCAGUUCUGAAAACCUUGGAGGGGGUCGGAUGUAUUGUUGUUGGAGGGAGUGCAAGGAUGCAGAGGGACACAUAAAACGUGACGAUAACAUAGUUUUUAUGGACCAAGGAUCUUGUAUAAGCUUUAGUAAAGGUACAUUUUUCUCCAUACCUUUUUUGUAUUAAACAUAUAGUACACUUUUGUUACCAAAUAGUUUCUAUUCUUCCUCUGAGCUUGGGCUUUGUUAACCCCCCACCCCCUUUCGAGGUCCAAAAUCCCAACCUGUAUGUUAUUGUGACCUUACUUCAAACGCCUGCUUUUUCAGUCUUUGGAUUGAGGUUUUUGUGUGUGUGUUUUUAUUUUGAUAUAUUUGCUUCUUCUUUUGGGGAAAAGUCUGAAGUCUUGGGUUGUUUAUUUUACAUAAGCGAAGGUUACUUUGUCUUUUUUUUUUUUUUUUUAAUUGGGGACAGACCUCAGAGGGCCUAUUUUUUAUCAUUGGUUUUUAUGAAGUCUUUAAAAAGAAAAGCUUUAAGCAACGCCUCUGCCUUGCCUGCAAUACUCUGUGUGUGUGCGCUGUGUCUCCUGGAAAGUAUACACAUCAGUACAUGUCACAUGGAGCCAUAGCAACAUCUGCAGAACACGUCAUGAAACCAGUCUUCUAUGAAAGCAGAUCCGUUCGCCAUUUUCAAACUAAUGUAACGAGCGUAGACUUUGACUUCAAAGGAUAGCCUUAGUACUGUAUAUUCUUACUGUGUACACAGGUAAGCCAGUCACAUAUCUAAUAAUAUUCUCUAUCUGUUGCUCUAUCAGUCACUGCUAACGUAUCCAGUAAUGUAGUGUCUCAAAACUACACCUGGCAAAGGUGUCUUCCAGUUGUGUGCUGUAGUUCUGGUGGCAUUUAUCUCCAAAAAAAAAAAGGAAAGAAAGGAAAAAAAAAAAGACACUUUUCAAUUUGAUGUGGCCUUACUGAAAACUUCAAA